GUUUUCUCACAACGAGUGACAUCUCUCAAAUUAUUCAAACAUUGGCGAACGAGAGUACGGGUACCAUAUCUGCGAAGAUGCCGCUGUCAAAACGAAUGGCUUUGUUCUCAUCGAGUUCUAGAUCUCGGUUUCAGAAAAUAUUCGGAAACAAAACAUCGACUUCCAAGAUGGCGAUGAACAUGCAUGUCGCGCUUCCUCUCUACGUAUACCCAUCAUCCGGAGCAUGGCAACCGCUCUACGAUGCGGUGACCAACAAUCCCAGCGUCACAUUCGAUGUUAUCAUCAACCCGAACAGCGGACCCGGAGGAUCACCACCAGACUCCAACUACAUCGCCGGUGUCUCCAAAAUCAACUCCUACAGCAAUGUCAACAUGGUCGGCUACGUGCACACCAGCUACGGUGACCGCGCCCUCUCCGACAUCGAAGCCGACAUCGACACCUAUCAAUCCUGGUCCACGUACUCAAACGCCAACAUUGCACUCAAAGGCAUCUUCGUCGACGAAACACCCGCCUCCUACAACGAUUACAACUACAUGAACACCAUCUACAACAAAGUCAAAAACACAAUGACCCAUGGAAAUCUGGUCUGGACUAACCCUGGUGUACCUGUCGACUCUUCUUUCUACAAUAUCGCCGAUAUGAUCAAUGCUUAUGAAAACACUUACGACGAUUGGAUCAACAACGGUGGCAACACGAGCAUUCCGGUGCCUCUGCGCAGUCAAUCUACCGUGUUGAUCCAUAGUUAUCCAGAUAACACGAAUACUCUGAUGUCGGAUGUGGAUGGCUUGGUGGAUGCGCCGUAUUAUGGCGCAUUGGUGAUUGUUAAUGAUCAAUACUCGAGUUUCGAUGAUUUGUGGUCGACUUACACGUCCGAGGUUGGGCAGUCGAAUGCGGAUAUGGUGAAGUGCAAGUAGACACUUUGCUUCAUGCCAACAUUUCGACGUAUGGGCAGUUUUUGGGCUGAGGUAUCACAGGCUGGUCUUGUGGGAUGAUGAUUCGGGCUAUUCUGGACUGUAAUGUGUAUUAGGCUAUCGUCGAUGGCGAUGUUCGACGACAAGCUCGAGGAAUUUAAUGUAUGGUUUAAUUAAUGUAUACGGUAC